GGGUGGCGCCACCUAGCGGCAGACUUGCUAACCCGGAGGGGAGCGUAGCAUCCUCUGCUGACACUUUCAUCACAUGCAAACGCCUGUUCGUAUUUGUCCGUCCAUAUGAGGGACUUGUGCCGCCAUGGGUUCGUAACAUAAGCAGGUGUAUACACGUUUGAGUGAACGGCUGAGGAGCAAUGAGCGGCUGCUGGAGGUGUUUGCUGUCUUGAACACACCCCGCUGAGUACCCCGAUAUUGUUCAAGGGGAAUAAUGGCUGCACAGGAGCCGUCUCCACCAUCUUCCCUGGAAGGCAACAAGCCGGGUUUCCCAAAGAAAAUUCUGGCCAACAACCUCGAAGACAAGCAUCUGUGCAACUCGUGUCAGAAAAUCCUGAGGAGGCCCCUGCAAGCCCAGUGCGGUCACCGCUUCUGCUCGUUCUGCUUCAACAAAACUGUGAGCUCUGGACCACAGAAGUGCAGCGCAUGCAUCAAGGAGGACUUGUUUGAGGAACCCACCUCCAUUCUCAAGCAAGGCGGUGCUUUCCCUGAUAAUGCAGCUCGGAGGGAAGUGGAGGCCUUGGCAGCUGUCUGUCCUAAUGAAGGAUGCACGUGGACCGGAACUAUCAAAGAAUUUGAGGCCAGCCACGAGGGCAACUGUGACUUCAUGAUCAUCCUGUGUCCCUCCUGUAAAGAACUGAUGAGAGCAAACGAACAGGAGCGCCACAACGAGAGAGAGUGCCCAGAGAGGACGCUCAACUGCAAAUACUGCAAAGAGCCCUUCCUGUUGAAGAACAUCAAGGCUCAUGAUGAAAUCUGUCCAAAGUACCCGAUGAUCUGUGAAGGCUGUGCAAAGAAAAAGAUCCCCAGAGAAAAGUAUGUGGACCAUAUUAAGUUCUGCAGUAAAUUUAAAGCACCAUGCAGAUUUCAUGUUGUUGGCUGCGAUACGUCUGUGGAGAAAGAGAAGAUCCAUGACCAUGAGCGACAGUGUUCAUAUGAACACCUCAACUUGCUUCUGCAUUUUAUCAUGGGCAUCAAGGUGAGUCUGGAGAGCCUGCAGCCCCAGAGCCUGGAGGUGGCCAGCCAGAAGCUGCAGGAGCUCCACCAGUCCCUUAGAGACCUAGAGCUGAAGAUGAGCCAGCUGGGUGGGGGUGGUGCAGCUCCCGUGCAGGGUGCAUGCGCCCCGACCCUGACGACCUCCUUCACCCCGCUGCCCAGCGCUGUGGGCGCCGCCCUGGAGUUGCAGCUCCAGAGUGAAAAAACGAAGGUGGCUGAGCUUAGCCGGCGCUGCCAGGAGCUGGAGCUCAAAGUGAACACGUUCGAAAACAUCGUCUGUGUCCUGAACCGAGAGAUGGAGCGCUCCUGCACCACCAUGGAGGCCUACAACCGCCAGCACCGACUAGACCAGGACAAGAUUGAAAUCCUGAACAACAAGGUUCGUCAGCUGGAGAGGACAGUGAGUCUGAGGGACCUGUCCAUCGUGGAGAUGGAGGGUAAGAUGAGGGAGAUGUCUGCUGCCACAUAUGAUGGCAUCUUUGUUUGGAAGAUCUCUGAUUUUACCAAGAAGCGGCAGGACGCCGUGGCUGGCCGCGCUCCUGCUAUGUUCUCUCCUGCCUUCUAUACCAGUAAAUACGGCUACAAGAUGUGCUUGCGGAUCUACCUGAACGGUGACGGUACGGGCCGCGGCAGCCACUUGUCUCUGUUCUUUGUGGUGAUGAGAGGACACAGCGACGCACUCCUCAAGUGGCCUUUUAAUCAGAAGGUCACCCUCAUGCUGCUCGACCAGAACAACAGGGAGCACAUAAUUGAUGCCUUCCGGCCCGACAUCUCCUCCUCGUCCUUCCAGAGGCCUGUCAGUGACAUGAACAUCGCCAGCGGCUGUCCACUCUUCUGUCCGCUCUCCAAGCUGGACUCUAAAAACUCCUACAUACGCGACGACACCAUCUUCAUUAAGGCCAUAGUAGACCUCACAGGGCUUUAGGCAAAAGUUGAGGGCAUAAAUCCAACCCUGCCUUUUGUUGCUACUAACCUGUUUGAAUUAACAGGCUUUUGUAUCACCAUUUACUGGCAUUUCUCUUCUGGGUCUGUGUAGUUCUUUUGGUUUUGUUAUGAGUUGUUGGAGGCAGUAUGUAAGACCAGAGCAAGUUGUUUUGGGCCCGCUGGCUGCAGGCGCUGGUGGUUUUCAAAGCCUCCUUAGCCAUUGUUACUAUUUUACAAGUUUUUAUUCAAUGAACGGUGAUUACCUACCAAAGUGGCUGGAGGCAUGUACAUAGCAUACAUACCAGUACUGGCCAAUGAUGUGUUAUUUUUCCAUCCUCCAGAAGGCCCUUAACAUGUAUUUGAACUAACAGACGCAUUCCUAUGUAGAACGCCAUGCUUGUGAAAUCACUAGGCAACUACGACACUGACUCUAAUCUCCAGUGAUUAUGCUCUGGCUUCUUGUACCAUAGAUGAGGCUCAUCAUGUUCAGUUUUAAGUAGAAAUACAACCUAAUCCUUUUAAAGAAACGUUGUUGAUUCCAUAUAAUACAGCUCACAUAUUGUUGCUAGUUAUGGUGAGUGUUGAAUGAUGGGGAAAAUAUCUAAUUGCAAUUUUUCUGACAAAUUGCAGCCUUGCAGCUCACAGUUUUACUGUUCAGCCCUAGUAAUAACCAAAAAUAACUGGGACUAACUAGCCAGUAGAUUAGUUAGCAUAAGUACCUUAAUUUGAGUCCCUAAAAUAUAAUUAAAGCUACUUUUUUUUUUUUUUUUUUUUUUAAGACUGGCCCUGAAAAGUUGAUAUGACUUAUGUAGUAGAUGCAGAAUAGAAUUAGUAUCACUGGGAGGCAACCUGGUAAGUCUUAGUCCAGUUUUCUCCCGUUUUACUUCUGUUUUCAUUUCCUUCAACUCACAGGAUUUUUCUGGCUCUGUAGCUAGCUGGAUGCUUUGCUAUGUUAGCCAGCGAGAUGAGAGUGGUGUAGCUGAACCAAAAAAGAAAAAUUGUGGCUUGGCAAACCAGAGCAAUUAGCGAUAAGAUCCUAAAACACUUUAUAGAGCUGAGAGGAACCAUAAAAAUCAGAUGACAGUUCUUUCUACAGAUGACCUGUAGUUUCUUGGCUCAUUGUUAAUACACACAAAUACUGAAAAAAAAAAGUCUGUCCAACUACAAAGUGCUUGUUAAGUAAAUAAUAUUUUUGCCCAUUUUUUUCCUGGAUUUUUGUAUUGUAUUUUUAUAUUUUUAGAGUUUGAAAUUUCAAACGCUAAUAAAUUUCUGUUUUUUGUUCAAAUGAAAAACUGAAAAUAAUGAGCCUUAGACCGCGACGCCGUAGCUAUGUAGAUUAUUAGCCUACAGACACAGCAAUAGAUGAAGCAGGUCUAGGCGCUUGUGCUCCCUGUUGGCAUAUACUGCCCAGCAUUUGAUUAACUAAUGAUGUUUUCUUUUUUAUUGUGUUCUUUACAUGUUUGGGUUUUUUUUUUUUUUUUACAUUUGCAAAGAUGGGGUUCCAAUAACAGUGUGAUGCCCAUGUAGCCUUCAGAAUAUUGCUCAGCUUUGCACACAGUUUGUCGUGCAGCUGGAAUUUCAAACUUGUUUACGGUUUCUUAACAUCUAUGCCUCCAACUCAAGAGUCCCGUGUUUAUUGGUAAUCAUUUGUGGUGGACAUUGCUUGAAUUCCAUGAAUUCUGGGUGCAGUAUUUCAGUUGUGAAUGUUGGUGUGUGUGUGUGUGUGUGUGUGUGUGUGUGUGUGUGUGUGUGUGUGUGCGCGUGUGCAUACUGUUCCAUGUCUUUGUCGUUUGUUGCAGUGUUAGUUUCAUGUUGGAUCUGUGGAAGAUGCACCGUAGCUUGAAAGGGUUUCUGGGAUGUUUGCCCAGGAAACAUUAACAGCGAUGGUAGUUGACCUGAUUUGCCCAAAUGGAAAUAUGACAUAUUUUAUUAGAAAAACCAUAUAUUUGCAUACAAGUCCUAAAAAAAUCUACAGAUAUCUUUUGAUAGUAAACUUUUGGCCUUUUUCAGUCUUUCUUUAGUGUUUAGUGGUGGAUUGGUGAUGGAUUGUUAUGCUGUGAGAUACUGCUAUUAUACAGUAUGAAGGACCGCCUCAAGCAUGAUGUCUGUUAUUCAGUUCAUUCCUUGUAAACCUUUGAGAUUGCUCCUUUAGAACAGCCUCUGCUGGUGUCUAGAUGACACUUGGUGGUUCUUCCUGUGUGGUUAACAAAGACAGACAGAUCUGGGCCCAUAUUUAUCAGCCUCCUCAUAGCAAACCAGUUCAAACAUUGCUGAAUAUUCUCUCACUAGCAAAUUUUUGGUCCUGCUUUCAGGUCUAGGAGGAGAACGUUUUAUUAACCUUCUUAGCCGAUGGAAUCACUCUGAACUAAUUAAUCUCAGCAACUCAAGUAACCUAAGUGUGAAUGCUAUUUUUUGCCCCUCAUGUUAAGAUCGUCAGUGCAAGUCUGGCAUGUUUUAUCAAUGCAAUCAAUAUUAACUUAUACCUUUGUUUACAUUUCCUGUUUGAAAGUCAUCCAGAUGGUGACAAAGAAACAUAAAUCAACCCCAAAGUGACGCAAAAUGACUAUAAUCAGAUCUAAAACGACUGCAACGUCAUGCAAAACAACUGCAAAAGACACAGAACCGCUACAAAGAGACAAAACUACUAUAAAGAGACACAACAUGACUUCAUAAAAUCACAAAACAACAAAGUGACACAAAAUGACUGUGAAGGGACGUUAAGUAAAAAGAAAUGCAUUGUAGAUGCAAAAUGACUACAAAGAAACAAAACAAGCAUAAAGUGACACAAAAAGACUGCAAUCAGACCUAAAAGUAUGACUAUAAAGAGAUGCAAAACAAAUAAGGUGCCACAAAAUACCACUAAAGGAUGCAAAAUAACACAGAGCUGUUAGAAAGUGAUGCAAAGCAGCCAUAGAAGGACUGCACAGUGACAGAAUCACCACACAGACACAAAAUGACUGGACAGGAGAUGACUGCAUAUGCCAUGGACGUGUCACUUGUUUUGCAUUUCUUUGAGCUGGAUGUUUGGUUCCUGAGGGGCCCAUUAUCUGAGUUACAAACAGCAGCUAUUAAUUGUUAGACUUCAAUCCUUUAACCUUGAUGCUGUAAUGUUUCUAAAUGUAGAACCCAUUAGGACUGUGGAUAUAUUUCCAUAUGGGUGCAGCCUCUGGUCAUGUUCAGACAUGAUGAGGCUGGAGCUGGGAUGGAAGCAGUGCGGAGGUAUUAAAAGGGAAACGGUUAUUGUAAUAUUCUCCUAUUUUUGGCUUUCCUCACAGCUUUGAACUGUCCUACUUUUUACAGAAAAAGAAGUGCCUGUACCUUUUUUUGUUUCAUGAGCCCACUGAGUUGUUGAUGUGCUUUCCUGUGAGUUUACCAAAAUGUGAAACUUGAUUUGUGCGGUGUAUUUUUUUAAAUUAUCUUUAAUAUCGUUGUCUUUUAUGAAGCCCCUUUACUAGGUGUGAUACAAUUUAAGUGACUAAGAAUGUUUUGCAUACAUAAAACUAGUGAAUGUCAACAGUGUUAUUUUAUUGAAGAUGAGGCCAGAACAUUGGUAACAUCUUCAUCCAAACACGUGCAGCAUGUUUUUAAACCUCCCAACGGAUACUGACACCUCUCUGUGCAUGAGAAGUCUCAGUAGGAAAACAUAAAUAUAUCAAGCACUGGUUCAGAUUGCAGACCAGCAUUUUAUUUGUUUUUGAGUUCAUGAUCAAUAUAGUAUACAGCCUAUGAGUGUGUGGCUUCAUUUUGACUGUGUGUGUGUGUGUGUGUGUGUGAGGAAGUUAAACAUAUCUAAAUAAUAUAUAGAUUGUAUUUAUUGAAGAAAAGCAUUAUAAGUUGAGAGCGUUUAAAAGCAUGUGUUGCUUUGUUUGGCUGAAGAUGUGUUUGCAGUCUGACCUCAGCAGGUUGCAGCUUUUUUGCUUUCUGGUUAUUACAGAAACAUUUCUUCUUAUUCUUCUUUAGAAUACGUUCUUAUUGUUGCACAUUAUGUAAACUGCAUUUUGCAUGUGUGACCGCGGCCUCAAAUAUAUCCGCUGCUACGUUUAUUCGACCCCACAGCGUGUCCUGAUAGAAGCAGCCGUGCAGCAGAUGUUCGUCUUUUCUCCUAAAGUGUGUGACCUGAUGUGGGCCAGACUCCAGAGCGAUUCAUUACAAAAGGGCUUCACAUUUCAUUUCCUUCAACUAAAUGUCACACACAGACACACUUGCAUCCAUGUUUUCUGCCCUGCUUAUAGCUUGAACUGUUUUAUAGAUUGGACAGAAACCUUCGCCAGACUCCAGCUGGGGAACGUUUGAGCCGGUUGAUGUUAUGCUGUAUCAGCGAUACUGACCUGUAGGUAAUGCCACACUGCCUCACUGUUAUUAAAACAGAACAAACAUGUCGAUGUGAUGUGUAUCUCAAAUAACACUUCAGAACUGUCAAGCCGAACCAGAUCGGUUUGAGGUUUGAUUUAUUUACAUAUCUCUCUCUCUGUUUGUGGAUCUCUAAAGCCCAUGUUGAGAUUAAGAUGAAGAGCUUUCAUCUGUAGCAAUGACAUAAAACUGCAGUCUUACUUGUUGUUCUCUCUGCUACAUUGUGUGGAUAGUAAGUUGUGUGUUAGUAACUCUUUGUACUACAGGAAAAUUGUUCCAUAUUUGUAUUUAAUUUUGAUUUAUUAAAGGUUUUAAGAUGCCCACUA